UUGGUUUCAAUAUAAUAUAGGUUUAUAAGUACCUGUGCCUCUACCCAUUAUAUACCUAUACAAUACAAAAAUACCUUUUGUGUCACGGAAUUCGAAAGGUGCGAUGUUCAAAAUAGUAUUAUAUUAUAUAUUAUUAUUUUUGAAAACGAUCAAUAUAUACAAUUGUAUAUGUACCUAAUAUAUAAGUUUAAGUAUUUUAUCAUACGUUAUUAUAUUAUCCUUCCGUUUACCAUUUAAUUGUGUUUCGGCCUAAUGUAUGUUUAAGUGUCAACUAAAAUAGCUGAAAACACAUUUUUAUUCAUCGAUAUCUGGGGAUAAUGGGUUAUUGAUAACCCCCUGUCUGGAGACUUACAUGCGUAUGGGCGCCUCACUUCGUAUACGAGCGCCGAGCAGCCGUCUGCUGUGAUCAUUCCAGUGCCGAGGUAUGAAGAGUGCACAUCUAAAAUAUUCUUAUUAAAGAUGUUUCGUUUUUUAAUAUAGAAAAGUGUCAUAUUAUUUUUAUUUGUUAUUAAAUUACUUUUUAUCUUUUAUUAUUAAAUAAAAAUCUCUAGUUGUCAAUCUGCUUACAUUUUGGUUUCAACAAGAUCUGUACCCAUCGGACGACACAAUAAAACCACAAUCAGAAAAUUGGAAAAACUCAGGCAUCAUGGUUGACUGGACUGCAGGGUCAAGAAACCAACUUUGGAAUAGUUCAUCUAUUUAUAGACUUCUUGUAGUCAUACUGGUGUUCGUAUGUGUAACACAAGUCAAUUCUUUCAAGCACGAUAAAACCAAAGAUUCGGUAAAUUGUUCAGGAUUGAGGACAUGUACAAAAUGUGCAGAAAACCCGUCGUGCAGCUGGUCGUUACAACGGCAGACUUGUGUGAACACGACGCGGAGGCCGGAACUGUUAAUGGUGAACAUCCACGCGCACUGUCCGCAGUUUACCAUCGUCGACAGUUUUGUCUAUAAAAUGCAUCUGCCCUUCACGUACAAGGUGAAGGUAUCGAACGACGUGAGCGGUUUCGUCAAGUACCUCAGCAAGAGCAACAUCACGUGCUCACUGAGGGGCGUGACGUACAACGGUACGGUGAGUGAGGUGGAGGAUACAAUCAACUGCGAGUCGAUAAGCAACGACAAUCUGGAGUUCGACAAGCAGCGGCUCAUGAUCUACCACUACAGCAUCGCGUUCGACGGCGUGCCGCUGCGGAUCGACGAUGGCGUCAACAAUUACUUCACCGUAUACAAUAGCCAUUAUUGCGACAUCUCCAACAAAACCAAGCACUGCGUCGCAUGUUCCUGGGACUCGGAACUCAACACGUUCUACUAUAAACGGUGUUCGGUAGCUAACAUGUGCACGGGCCUAUUUGAGUACUACGACAGUAGGAACGCGACCGCCUUCGCGGACACGACGACGGACGACAGGUACAACGAGGACACUGCUGCGCUGCUUCCCAAAUCAGGACCACCUUCGGGUGCUUGUCCGGACAUGACGAUCCAGUCGGUGGAACCACUGACGGCGCCGUGGUCGGGUGGCGUAACGCUGGUGAUAACAAUCAAGAACCACGACGUGUUGUCCGAAUCGCGGAAGGUGACCAUCACGGUGGCCGGACGCGAUUGCGUCUACCCGAAGACAGUAAACGGCGAGACCAUCUCAUGCACGGUUGGACCACCGAAGCCCGACGACUUGGCCACGGGCCCGGUGCACGUCGAGUACGGCCCGCUGCAGCUGACGUCGAGCCAGAUGUUCCAAUUCGUCUACCCCGAGCCGACCGCUCUGAGCCCGACGUGCGGUCCCAUCUCCGGCGGUACCUUGUUACACAUUACCGGUCAUUCCCUGGACGCCGGCAGUACAGCCACCGUGUCCGUGGGCCCAUCUAACGUGCCGUGCGAGCUGGUCGCUAGGUACGAGGACCGCGUGCUGUGCAUGACCGGACCGGCAGACAGGCCAGCUUCGGGCGCCGUCACCAUCGUGUUCGACAAGUUUUUGAGGAGGAAAGUCGGCGUAAAUAGUAACACCGCACCAUCGUUUAAGCCUGUGCAGUUCGUGUACGCGGGUGACCCAGUGCUAGACGCGAAUCAGCCGUUCUCUGGCAUCGCUUCGGGCGGAACCUACAUCCCGGUGCGCGGCCGCCAUCUGGCGUGCGUGAGCAACGCCACUCUGUACGUGGACGACCCGGACGGCUUGCGACACUACGCCGGUUGUGCGGUACGCAACGACACGUUCAUGGAGUGCUGGUCGCCCGCGCUCGAUCCUCCCCGAUCGUUGACCCCCGGCGCCCCUGCCCCGUUGUUAAACUUUGGUUUCCGUGUGCGCUUUGCAGACCACACGCUGGACUUGUCGCCGCAGCCCGACUUUCCCGGUUACCGGUUGUACGCCGAUCCGGCUUUCACGGAUUUUGAGACUGACGGCCGUAACGUGACGAUCAACGGCCGCCACCUGGACCGGGGCUACCAGCCGUCCGUCGACCUGGCCAUCCGAUUGCGUAACGUCAAGGGCACUCCUUGCACCGUAAUCAGCACGCAGCGACGACAGAUCGUGUGCGUGCGACCGCCGUCGUCCCCCACUGACGGAGACGUGCGUGAAAUCUACGUCACCGUCGGCCGUGAAUUAGCCCGUACCGUCAAGAAAAAGAAGAACAACACCGACAAGCGUUUCAAAGACGGGCCCUUGGGCGUGUUCGAAGUGUUCCUGGUGAUCGUUGGUAUCCUCACCGGCGUGUGCUUCAUGUCGUUGCUGGCUGUCGCGGUCUACGUGGUGUGGAACAACAAAUGUGACAUCCGUCGAUAUUUGUAAUAUGCCUCAGUGAAAUAUUAUAAUAUUGUGUGCUGUUCGAAUUGAAGCAUUGGUGGAGCAAUCCUGCGCAAACAAUUCAAAAACGUAUUAAUAAUUUUUGAUUUUUAAAUUUCUUUUUUUUUUUUAUUUUACACUGAAUACAUCAAUAAUAUAAUUUAAUAAUGUAACUUAACUAUUUUUAUAAUGUCAGUUAAAGUGAUCACUCGGAUCCAUACAGGUUAUAGAUUAUGACGUAAUCAAACGAUAAUUUAUAAUACUUUGACGUUUUUACAUUACAUUUAAGCACUUUAUAUUAACAUAGAAAAUAUUAUACUGAUCACAAUUUUUAAAAUAUAUCUGAUA